AUGGCGGCAGCUGACAGAGAACAAAUGGUGGUGGAGAUGCUUCGGGAGAAGGACAAGCUAAUGAAAGAGUUCCAGCAUUGUUUUGACGAGAUGGACACGAACGGGUCUGGAGAGAUCGAAUUCGAGGAGCUCGAGGAGUUGCUUGAAAACCCGGGCAUGCAGGCUUAUCUGUCUCAUCUCCACAUCAGCACCAGCGGUGCUUGGAACAUUUUCAAGUUGCUCGACAAAGACGAAACUGGAUCCGUCUCUCUGCCGGAGUUUGUCGAGGGCCUUUUGAGCCUUAAGGGCCUCAGCAAGACCGUCGACAUCGCGGCGCUCCAGUACGAUGUGAAGAAGAUGAAUGUCGUCCUGCGAGACUUUAUGGAGUACGUCGAAUCUGAGUUCACGAAGCUUGGCCAACUUCUUCCUGACAAGUCGUCGGAAAAGUCAAUGGGUGAUAACGCGCUGGACAUGGACAUGUGA